AUGCGACUCAUCCGAUCAGAAAUCGAGAAGAAGACAGGCUCAGGCAGCGCCACACUGCUCCCCGAAGAGCCAGAAGACAUGUGGCACGCAUACAACCUCAUCCAGACGGACGACCGGGUAAUGGCACAAGCGGUGCGACGCGUCAACACGACCUCGAAUGAGCUGGGCUCUCAUUCCUCCAAGCGCGUGACCAUGGUUCUGAGCAUCAAAGUCACGAGCACCGACUUUGAUAUUGGCUCCGGUGAGCUGCAUGUUUCAGGGCGGGUGAUUGGGGAAAACGAGUACGUUAAGAUUGGCCAACACCACACGCUCGACCUGGAGCUGAGGCGCGACUUUGAGAUCGAAAAGGCACACGGCUGGGACAUGGUAGCGCUCAACAUGCUGAAAGAGGCAUGCGACUCCCGUCGACGAGCUGAGCUCUGGGCCGUGGUGCUAGGCGAAGGCACAGCAAACAUCUGCAUGAUAACUGAACACCAAACCAUCUUGCGGUCGAAAGUCGAAGUCGCCGUGCCUCGCAAACGAAGAGGCGGCGCAGAAGCGCACAGCAAAGCAAUGACCCGCUUCUUCUCCUCCACCCUCUCCACCCUUCUCCGCCAUCUCGACCUCUCCAAAACAGCAUCCUCGCCCUCUUCAUCCCCGACCCGCCAAGGACAUGAAAAGUCCCUCCCUCUACUCCUUGCAAGCCCAGGCUUCAUCGCCUCCUCCUUCCUCGCCUACAUGCGCGCCGAAGCCAUUCGCACAACCAACAAACCCCUCCUCGCCCUCAUCCCCAACAUCACAAUCGCCCACUCCUCCACACCCCACAUACACUCCCUCAACGAAGUCCUCUCCUCCCCCGCCAUCACCGCAAAACUCGCCUCCACCAAAUUCGCCCGCGAGACUGCCCUGAUGGAUAAAUUUCAGGCCCUAAUGCGCCUCGACGACGGGCGCGCCUGGUACGGGCCCAGGGAGGUGGAGCGCGCCGUGGACAGGGGCGCCGUCGGCAAAGGCGGCGGCGUCUUGCUCAUCAGCAACAAGCUGUUUCGCGCGCAGACGGUGGCGGAAAGGCGGCGCUGGGUUUCGCUCGUGGAGAAGGUGAAGGGGGUCGAGGGCGGGGAAGUCAGGGUGCUGAGUGAAUUGCAUGAGAGUGGAAAGAGGUUGGAGGGUCUGGGCGGUGUCGCGGCUAUCCUGACAUAUCCACUAGAAAACCUGGAUGAGGAGGAGGAAGGCGAUGGAUUCGGUGACGAUGUUGAGGGGGACAUGGUGAUUUGA